GGCCAACAGUCGUAAGCGCGCCACGGUCCACAGAAGAGGAUUAAGACACAAGAACUCUAUCCGACUAUCCAACCACUUCAUACAGAACUCAGGCUUUUUUUUUGUUUGGUUCGCCAUCCAACUCUUUUGCGUGUUCCCCAGUGUUGAUUUGUGAUUUAAAACCAAGGGUUGUCCAGCUCCUCCGACACCAUGCACGUCCAGGACAAAGGAGGAAUAGGAGUCCUGACAGCGCUUUCGCUUCUGCUGGUCGCCGUCACAAUGGUGACCCCGACGCAGGCCGCCUACAAGCUGCAGGAGCGCUACAGCUGGAACCAGCUGGACUUUGCCUUCCCGAACGCCAGGCUCAAGGAGCAGGCCAUGGCCAGCGGCGACUAUAUUCCCCAGAACGCCCUGCCCGUCGGAGUCGAGCACUUUGGCAAUCGCCUGUUUGUCACCGUUCCCCGCUGGCGAGAUGGCAUUCCGGCCACGCUGACCUACAUCAACAUGGACCACAGUGUGACGGGCUCCCCAGAACUGAUUCCGUAUCCGGACUGGCGGGCGAAUACGGCCGGGGACUGCGCGAACAGCAUCACCACCGCCUACCGCAUCAAGGUGGACGAGUGCGGCCGUCUGUGGGUCCUGGACACGGGCACCGUGGGCAUCGGCAACACCACCACCAAUCCCUGCCCGUAUGCGAUAAACGUCUUCGAUCUGACCACCAACACCCGCAUCCGACGCUACGAGCUGCCCGCGGCGGACACCAAUCCGAACACCUUCAUAGCCAACAUUGCCGUCGACAUUGGCAAGAACUGUGACGAUGCCUACGCCUACUUUGCGGACGAGCUGGGCUACGGCCUGAUUUCGUACUCCUGGGAGCUGAACAAGUCGUGGCGCUUCUCGGCCCACUCUUACUUCUUCCCGGACCCCCUGCGCGGCGACUUCAACGUGGCAGGAAUCAACUUCCAGUGGGGCGAGGAGGGCAUUUUCGGCAUGUCGCUGACUCCGAUCCGCUCGGACGGCUACCGCACCCUCUACUUCAGUCCCCUGGCCAGUCAUCGCCAGUUCGCCGUAUCGACCCGGAUCCUGCGGGACGAGACCCGCAUCGAGGACAGCUACCACGACUUUGUGGCCUUGGACGAGCGCGGUCCCAAUGCCCAUACCACCUCCCGGGUGAUGAGCGAUGACGGCGUGGAGCUAUUCAAUCUGAUCGACCAGAACGCCGUUGGCUGCUGGCACUCAUCGAUGCCCUACUCCCCACAGUUUCAUGGCAUUGUGGACCGUGACGAUGUGGGCCUUGUCUUCCCCGCCGACGUGAAGAUCGAUGAGAACAAGAACGUGUGGGUGCUGUCUGACCGGAUGCCAGUGUUCCUGCUCUCCGAUCUGGACUACUCGGACAUCAACUUCCGGAUCUACACGGCCCCGCUGGCAACCCUCAUCGAAAACACCGUCUGCGACCUGCGGAACAACGCCUACGGUCCCCCCAAUACGGUCUCAAUUCCGAAGCAGGUGGGUCCCGGCCCCCGUCCCGGUCUGUCCGCCGUAGGACCACCGCUCUUCACCAACCAGUAUCGCCCAGUCCUCCCCCAGAAGCCACAGACGAGCUGGGGCCCCUCGCCACCCAGCCGCAGCUAUCUGCCGUCCCUAGGCGCCAGUCCCGGCGGUCCUGGCCAGGUGGUGUCCAGCGUGAGUGUGUCGACGAACUCGGUCGGCCCGGCCGGCAUCGAGGUGCCCAAGGCGUACGUGUUCAAUCAGCACAACGGCCUCAACUACGAAACCAGCGGGCCCCAUCUCUUCCCCACCCUCCAGCCGACACAGUCUCAGGUCGGCGGGGGUCUCAAGACCUACGUAAAUGCCCGACAGUCGGGCUGGUGGCACCACCAGCACCAGGGCUAGGCCAUCUGGCUCCCCAACUGGGUGUAGGGUGACUCGCCGUCGAGCUGGGGCAACCUACUCGAUUGCUGUAGGAUAUUUAAAGAACAAAACAAACGGAAUUCUUAAGGCCACACCACAAAUACUCGUACACUCGUAUGAUACCUUCACUUGAUGUAAUAGACACUGAAA